AUGUCCUCUGACUGUUUUGUUAAGAAGGCUGAUGUAAAGGCUCCUGAGGUUCGGCACGAAAUUGCCCAUGGAAAACUUCCUUAUGAUUCAAAGCCAGUUGUGAGAACCGGGGUUCCAGCCAGGACUUAUCCAUUUACGUUGGAUCCCUUUCAAGAAAAAGCCAUUGCGUGUAUUGAAAGAUUAGAAUCGGUCUUGGUUAGUGCUCACACUUCCGCCGGUAAGACUGUUGUCGCAGAGUAUGCUAUUGCUCAAAGUUUAAAAAACAAGCAAAGAGUCAUUUACACAAGUCCAAUAAAGGCUUUGAGUAACCAAAAAUAUAGAGAAUUACAACAUGAAUUUAAGGACGUUGGUUUGAUGACCGGAGAUGUGACUCUCAACCCAAGCUCCAGUUGUUUAGUGAUGACCACUGAGAUUUUACGUAGCAUGGUGUAUCGAGGAAAUGAGAUACUGCGAGAAGUGGCAUGGGUGAUUUUUGAUGAGAUUCAUUAUAUGCGUGAUAAAGUGCGUGGGGUUGUAUGGGAGGAAACGAUUAUUUUAUUACCUCAUAAUGUACACCUUGUUUUCUUGUCAGCUACGAUUCCAAAUGCUCUUGAAUUUGCAGAAUGGAUAUGUGAUAUUCAUCAACAGGUCUGUCACGUUGUGUAUACAGAUUUCCGCCCAACUCCCUUACAACAUUAUGUGUUCCCAGAUGGUGCAGAAGGAAUAUAUCUGGUAGUUGAUGAGAACGGUCGAUUUCGCGAAGAUAAUUUUCAACAAGCUGUCUCCAUUUUAGAACAACCACCAAAUUCUUUUCUACCCUCCGCACACAUGUCCAAAAAAGGUACCGAACUAACGAAUGUGUAUAAACUUAUUAAAACCUUAAUGGUGAAAAACCUCAAUCCUGUUAUCGCUUUCGCUUUCUCGAAAAAACAAUGUGAAUUGUUUGCGAGACAGAUGAGUUCAAUGGAUUUUAAUACUGGCAAGCAAAAAGAACUGAUAAAGAAAGUCAUUGAUAAUGCCAUCGAGCUUUUAUCAGAAGAAGAUCGCGAUUUACCGUGGUUUCAGAAUUUAUUACCGCUCUUGCGGCGUGGAAUUGGCGUACACCAUUCGGGUUUAAUACCUUUUAUGAAAGAAAUAGUUGAACUUCUAUUUCAAGAGGGAUUGAUUAAGGUUCUGUUUGCUACUGAAACGUUUUCUAUGGGAUUAAAUAUGCCGGCAAAAACAGUAGUAUUUUGUGAACUGUCUAAAUUCGAUGGAACAAAGUCAAGAAGUAUAACAUCAGGUGAAUAUAUUCAGAUGUCUGGCCGUGCCGGUAGGAGAGGCCUUGACACACGUGGAUUCGUUAUUAUGAAUGUAGAUAGAGCAAUCACGCCUAAAGACCUACAAGAAAUAUUCAAGGGCGAAGCUGAUUAUAUGUCAUCCGCAUUUCACUUAAAAUAUCACAUGAUUCUUAAUAUUUCCAGGAUCGAAGGAAUUAGCCCUGAGUAUAUGUUGGAGCAUAGUUUUUAUCAAUUUCAAAAUGCUGCACCUAUACCUCGUUUGAAAGAAGAAAUAUCAAAAUUAGAAAGGGAGUACUCCAUGAUUGAAAUUCCUCAAGAGGAAUUGGUUUUUCAAUACCACAACCUGCAUCUGCUUCAAGAUGAAUUUGAAAAACAAGUCCGAGACAUAAUCUUUAAGCCAGAGCAUUGUUUGACUUACUUAAAUAGAGGCAGACUGGUGAAGGUUAAAUUCAAUGGCAUGGACUUUGGAUGGGGUGUCAUAGUACGUUGUGAUGAAUUGGUGCGGCAAGAGCCUUAUGAUAAUAAUGCUAUCAUGUCUAGAAUACGAGCAGAUUAUAAUUCGGAAGAAAUUACAUACAAAAUUAAAGUAUUAGUAAAAGUAACUAGAGAUUCGUUCUCAUCUUAUGAUGGAGUAGAUCUUGAUGUGAAACCAUGCCAGCCAAAUGAGCAAGGUGUUUGUAUGAUUAUUCCAGUAGGUCUUGAAGAUCUACGUAUAUUAAGUCAAUUUCGAUUUAAAUCAAAUGUUGAUGAUUUGGAACAUGAUGUCACACAAAGAAAUGCAGUAUAUAAAAGCGUUUUGAGGCUUAUUUCUGAAGAGCCUGAUGGCCGUCCAAUGGAUCCUCAAGAACACCUCAAUAUUAAAGAUGAAAGGCUUUCUGGUCUUUCGCAGAAAUUGGAAGUAAUAAAAUCACAACUAAAUCAAAAUCCAACCACAAAUUCUCCAGAAAUUUAUGAUAAUUAUCUGAAGAAACUGAAAAUUCGAGAUAGAAUUCAAUUAAUUCAAAAACAACUUCGCGAAUCUGAAUUAAUACUUCAUCUUGAUGAACUCAAAAAGCGAAAACGCCUACUUCGCCGGUUGGGAUACUUGUCUUCAAAUGAUAUAGUUGAAUUCAAGGGUCGAGUUGCAUGUGAACUUACUUCUGGUGAUGAAUUGGUUUUAACUGAACUACUAUUAAACGGUGUAUUUAAUGAAUUAUCGGUUUCAAUGACUGCAGCUUUGCUAAGCUGUUUUGUAUGUGACGAAAUACCAAGUGAACCAACAGGCAUGCUUCCACAAGAGUACAAUGUAUUAUUUCGCAAGGUUCAGGAAACUGCGAAAAUCAUAGCUGAUGUAACUGAAGAAUGCAAUAUUCCUAUUGAAAAAGACGUGUAUCUAGCGAGCUUUUCACCAGCAUUAAUGGAAGGUAACGCAACUUUUAGAGAAACUUGCGCACGCAUAAAUAUGUUUGAAGGUAACAUUGUUCGAAAUUUUAGAAGCUUAGACGAAUUAAUGCGUGCGAUGAUUUCAGCGGCGAAGAUCAUUGGGACAAGUGAUUUGGAGACCAAGUUUUCUGAAGCUCGUGAAAAACUUAGGAGGGGAAUAAUAUUUACGGCAUCGUUAUACCUUUAG